AUGGAAGCCCAACGAAUUCGCGACGGUGUCAAGCUGAUGCAAGAAGGCGAUAAAGCCUCUUCCAAAGGCUUGUUUCGAAAGCCCGACUGGGAUGUCGCUGCCGGCUGUUACGAACGUGCAGCCACCUCGUUUAAAAUUGCCAAAUCUUAUGAACAGGCAGUGCAAGCCUACGGAAAAGCCUCCGAAGCAUUAUUCAAGACAGAUGCUCUUCAUCUCGCAGGAAAAGCCAUGGAAAGCGCUGCUCUUAUUUUAGCACAGAACCUUAACCAACCCCAACGAGCCGCCGAAGCUUAUCAAAAAGCCAGUGACUUGUUCAUGACACAAGGAAGCAUUGACCGUGCAGCAGAGCAGUUGGAAAAGGCUGGAAGAGCACUGGAAAAUAUCGAUGUGAACGCGGCCAUCGAAAUGUACAGCUCAGCAUGUGGACUGUACGAGCAAGAGGAUCGUGGACGAUUCGCUAUUGAUAUUUUCAAAAAGGCCAUUUCCUUGUUGGUGAAGAGCAAAAAAUAUGCGAAAGCGGUGGAUAUGUUGCAUCGACAAUCUGUUAUUUUACAGAAACUGUCCAGUCGCACCCACAUUUAUAAAGCCAAUUUAAGUAUCAUCAUUCUACUGUUAGCCAUCGGAGAUGAUGUCGAAGCAGGCAAACAGUUUAACGCCAUGUGCAAUGAAGAGUCCGAUAUCAGUCAAUGUUUAUUGCAAGCGUAUGAGGAUUUGGAUCAGGAGUUAUUAGAAAAAACGGUUCGACGUCAACAAGUCACUUUCUUGGACAAUGAGAUCGUCAAGCUGGCACGUACAUUGACUGUCCCUGGCGAAGGAUUGACCGGUGGCACCACACCCGGCCCUCAUAAUCAGUACGCCCCUCCUCGUGAGACAGCGCCGAGCCCACGUUCUCCACCGAUCUCGCGAGCAUCGCCUCGCGGUAAUGUUCACGAUAUGUCACCUGCACAAGUCCGAGCGGAAUUGUACGGCAGCCAAUCAACCCAAGAACCAAGUAGCCAUCGAUCGCCUGCAAAAGAAGAGCACGCGCCCCCACCGCCCUACACCACUGGUCCGCAUGAUGUCCACCCGUCGGCCGAUGAAAAAGAACGAUUUCUGGAUGAGGAGUUUGCCCGGCUCAAUAUGAAGGAUGAAAAACCCAAACCUGUCACUGCCACCACCUCACCCGCCCCCGCCCCCGCCCCCGCACCUCGAACGCCGGUAUCACCACCAGCGAAGCAUGAAGAGGACGAUGACGAUGAAGGGUUAUGUUAG